GGCGCGGUUGCCGUGGUAGCGCCUGCCCGAGGGAGGGCUGCGGCGCGGGGCCAGGACCCCGGCGGGCAGAGGCGGCGACGCGGCCACCCGAGAGUGUGCGGCCGGGCAGCUGAGAGUCGGGCGCCUCGCCCUGCUGGCCGGUGGGGAUGCGGGACCGGCUGCCCGACCUCACGGCGUGUAGGAAAAACGACGAUGGAGACACUAGUGUCGUCGUUGUUGAAAAGGACCAUUUCAUGGAUGAUUUCUUCCAUCAGGUGGAGGAGAUUCGAAGCAGCAUAGCCAGGAUUGCUCAACACGUGGAAGACGUAAAGAAGAACCACAGCAUCAUCCUUUCUGCCCCAAACCCAGAAGGAAAAAUAAAAGAAGAUCUUGAAGACCUGAACAAAGAGAUCAAGAAAACCGCUAACUGGAUCCGAGGCAAGCUGAAGUCUAUCGAGCAGAGUUGUGAUCAGGACGAGAGUGGGAACCGAACGUCAGUGGACCUGCGGAUACGAAGGACCCAGCACUCAGUGCUGUCACGGAAAUUUGUGGACGUCAUGACAGAAUACAACGAAGCGCAGAUCCUCUUUCGGGAGCGAAGCAAAGGCCGCAUCCAGCGCCAGCUAGAGAUCACUGGGAGGACCACCACAGACGACGAGCUGGAGGAGAUGCUGGAGAGCGGGAAGCCGUCCAUCUUCAUCUCGGAUAUUAUAUCGGAUUCACAAAUUACUAGGCAAGCUCUCAACGAGAUCGAGUCACGUCAUAAAGACAUCAUGAAGCUGGAGACCAGCAUCCGAGAGCUGCACGAGAUGUUCAUGGAUAUGGCCAUGUUUGUGGAGACCCAGGGUGAAAUGGUCAACAACAUCGAGAGAAAUGUGAUGAAUGCUGCCGACUACAUCGAACAUGCCAAGGAAGAAACCAAGAAAGCCAUCAAAUAUCAGAGCAAAGCCAGGCGGCUGACAGAUAAUGAAGAGACUGCACCGGGCCUGAUUUCUGUUCAUGUCUUGCUUGCAGAAUCAUCACAGAACUGUUUUGUAAGGUAUCUGUAAUUUUAAAUAGCUAUAAAUUAAAUUACUUAAUAUAUUAACAUUGAACCCCCCCUUUUCUAAGCUAGACACUGCCUGAGAAGGACAACAGGCAGGCCCUAGGCACAGGGCUGUCACUGAAACCUGGCCUUGCAGCCCUCAGUGCUUUCUGGUGACUCUGACCUAGGAAGUGUAAGGGUCGGAAAAGUCUUGAUUGCCUUUAGCUCACUUCUGCCUGCUUCACUAUGGAGGGGACACAGCCAUGCGCUGUGCUCACGUCACCCUUUGCCCGUUCACUGGUGCUGGUGGAGUCUCAAGGCAAGACGAUGGUGGAAGCAGGACUUGGUGCUCACUGACCUCACAGGAGUAGUCCCAGUUGCGAAGCCAUUCUUGGACAGCACCUGAAGGACCAGGUUCUCAGCUGCGCCCCCACUGAUGCCCAGAGUUCCUAGGAAACUGCGAGAGAUGGGAUGAAGAUGCAGGCUGCUUUCCACUUGUGAGCAGGUGGCCCAGUGACUGCGUAUCUGUGUGCUGACAGCUGAUUUGGGAUGUGAAGGGCGCCAAGCGCAGUGAACUCCGCCGACUGCCGACUGUGUGUGUGUGGAUGCUCACUCUGCCCAUGCUCGUUUGUCUGGAUCUGAUGUAGCCAUGCUGGUUCGGACAGCACUCGUGGGAUGUACUGAGCUCUUUAGAAACUACCACCCUUACAGUGGCGAGUGUCACUCAUUUGCCUCCUCAGUGCCGAGAGCUACUGCAGGAGGCUGGCCUGCAGUGGAGACACUCCUGCCUGGAAGCUCCCCGAAAGCUCUGAAGAUGGAGCUGUGUCUGUGGAGCUCCUGCCCUCUCUGCUCCAGUGCCAUUGGAUUUGGCUGCAGAGCACCGCGUGCCACCGAGGUUCCCAGCCCUCGUGGCAGGUUUCCUUCAGGUUUAGCCCACGUCCUUGGCCUGCAGUGUGCUCCUCACGAUGUGCUCAGGUGGCCUCCUGGCCAAGCGGGCGCCUGGUUCUGGCUUUCUUAGUGAAGCAGGGGUGUGUGGGUGAGUAAGUCAGCCCUCAGGAUAUAUUUCUAUGCUGACUUCAUAGCCUGUUUAAAAAUACAUUUACAGAUUGUCUCGUUACUUUUUCCAACAAUUUCUUCAAAAAUUUUGUGUUUACAUUAAAAAGUCAGAGAAGCAAACGAGAUAUUUCUGCCUCAUC